AUGUACGCAAUCAAUCCGCAGCGUCUUGAAGUUGAAGAUGUAAAGGCGUACGGCUUACAACUAUCAUUGGUGCAUGGCAUGGGACGAGUCAUAGGCGAUCUUAGAAUGCUAGGCUAUGGAGACAGUCUUGGGACCGAAACCUUGUCCAAAGUGUCGAAUAGCGUGGGUCGAAAUAGCAAGGCAUCCUCCUUGCCCGGUAUGCAUGGACACCUAAGUGGAUCAGCAUAUGUGACAUGCAACCCCAAGGCGGGUAGAAGCGUCAAUCGUGGAUAG